AUGCCAGCAAUGUCUUUGCUCGAUUUACCAUCAGAAAUAAUUUUCUUAAUUUUCGAAUAUCUUCAUAAACAACAUAUAGUUUAUUCAUUCUUAGAAUUAAAUGAUGAUUUUGCAUUAACGGUGAAAUGUUUUAUUAGAAAACAAUUUGAUUUAACAAAAGUUAAUGAUGAUAUUAUUUUUCAAUACUGUUUAUCAACUGUUUUACCAUUAAUUGGAUCUAAUCUUCGUUACUUAUCAAUCGGUUAUCCAUAUUGUUUAUCAACAUAUAUUAAAUCAAUAGAAACUUAUUGUCCUAAUUUAGAUACAUUGACUAUUUAUUGUUGUUCUCAAAAAGAAGACAUUCGUCAUUAUGUCGCUCAUUUAAUACAUCAUGAACUUACAUCAUUACAUUUUAUUUUUAAUCAUAGAAUUAUUGGUCAACAAAUUAGUCUUCGUUUACUUGAUAAAUCCAGAAAUAAAGAAUUUCAAAAAAAUUCAAUUGCAUCAUCAUCACUUAUAUUACAUUUAUCAUCAAUGAAUGAUCUUAUUUUAUUAAAACGUUAUUCUGAAAGUGAUUAUCUUCCUAAUGGUUUAUAUAUGAUUGAAUGUAUGUUAAAUGGUGAAUGGUUAACAUAUAAUAAAGAUGAUUUAUGUAUAAUGUCAAAAAAAUUUCAUUAUGAAUGUAUUUUUUCUAUAAAACAAAUUGAUAAUGAUCAAUGUUGUCUUGAAUAUGAAUUAUAUCAUGAACACACACAACAUCGUUUAACAGUUUUAAAAUAUGAUGAAGAUGAAGAAUAUUGGAUAUCAUCAUCUAUUCUUUCAACACAUCGAGAAGAAUCAUUUUGUUUAUGUUCAACAUUUACUUUUGAAAAAAUUAAUAAUGAAAAUCAAUUUUAUAUUCGACCCUGUUAUUCAAAUGCUAAACAUUUACAAGUAUUAGGAAAGCGUAUUAUUGUAUCAGUUUGUAAUAAUGAUAGUAUAUUAAGUCAUCAUUUUAGAUUUCAUCAUAUUUCGUACGAAUAG